GUCAAGGGCAACAGCUUCCAAGCCCCACACUGAGCAUGCUCACAUAGAUCGAGCAGCUUCCCCUCUACAAGGACUGCUUGUGAUCUGAUCAGUGUUCCUCUUUAGAUUCCCUAUAGAGACUAACUUCAUUUUCGUAUUUAAACCGAAGCAAAACCAGAGGAUGGUUCAAGCCUGACUCCAUGCUGGGUUUUAUUUCUCAUUUUGAUUUCUAUUGAAGAGGACCAAAUAUGAUUCCCCACCAGAUAUGUGGGAAACAAUUUUUUACAAGAUUUCUCAGGAAAGAUGUUUUAUUUGGCAGCGCUUUCAUCAUCAGGCUUAUGCUUGUCUUUUAUGGAGUUUAUCAGGACAGAAGAAUGUUGGUAAAAUAUACAGACAUUGACUAUCAAGUAUUCACUGAUGCUGCCAAAUACAUCACAGAGGGGAAGUCUCCGUACCUAAGAGCCACCUACCGUUAUACUCCAUUGCUGGCCUGGAUCCUAACCCCAAACAUCUACAUUACUCAUCUGUAUGGAAAGCUCCUCUUUAUUGCUGGGGAUCUAGUUGCCGCAUACCUCAUGUACCAGAUUCUUCUGCUCCGAGGACAGGAUAGCGAGAAGGCCUGUGAGUGCUGCGCAUUCUGGCUCCUCAAUCCUCUUCCAAUGACUGUAUCCAGCCGAGGAAAUGCUGAAUCCCUUGUAGUAGGCCUAGUUCUGGGCACCAUGUAUUAUAUAGAAAAGAGGCAUCUAACAAAGGCUGCUGUUCUUUACGGCCUGUCCAUACAUAUGAAAAUUUACCCAGUGACCUACGCCUUGCCAAUAGCUCUCCAUUUGCAAAGCAGCCGAAGCUAUGAGAAAGAAAAGACAGACAUGCUGAAGAAAGGGAAAAUCAGCUGCUCUGUGGGCAGCAUUUGGCAGCUUUUCAUGAGGCUGUUCAGUUGGGAUGUUUUGCUUUUUGGAUCUGUGGCGGGAUGUACCUUUGCUGCCCUGGGCCUUGUUUUUCAUUUCUCUUAUGGUUGGGACUUUCUGGAGCAGACAUAUCUCUACCACUUGACCCGCAGAGAUAUCCGACACAACUUCUCACCCUAUUUCUACAUGCUGUACCUGACUGCAGAAAGCGAGUGGAGUUUUUUCCUUGGCCUUGCAGCUUUUUUGCCUCAGUUUCUGCUGCUUUUAGCUCUUUCUUUCGUUUACUACGAAGAUCUCAUCUUCUGUUGCUUCCUGCACACUGCAGUUUUUGUGAGUUUUAACAAAGUGUGUACCUCCCAGUAUUUUCUGUGGUACCUUUGCCUUUUGCCACCCAUAAUCCCCCUUUUGAGGAUGUCCUGGGAGAGGGCUACUUUCCUUCUCCUGCUCUGGCUUGUUGGGCAAGCACUGUGGCUGGCACCAGCAUACUUUUUGGAAUUUGAAGGGCAGAACACUUUCUUGCUCAUAUGGCUAGCAGGCUUGUUCUUUCUUUUUGCCAGCUGUGCAAUUCUGGUUCAGAUUAUUUCUCAUUAUUGCACAGGGAAGGUGACCAGGAAAGUGAAGCUACAGUAAGACUUCCUUUGUUGCACAGGUGAAAUUCUGUGGGCAAGUAAACAGGGCUGGGUCCCAAUUUUUAAAAUGUGGUGAUAAUAUAAUUUUGACAUGUGGUUGAUUUGGAGAGGUUUACAGUGUAUUUGAUAUGAAGAGGUCUGCGAAGGGCCUAAUGAUGUAAUCUUUUGGAAGUUUUUUAAAUUAUUAUUUUAUUCAAUUUAUAAACCACUCUCCCUAUUAGCCAGGCUCCGAGUGGUGAACAGUGGGAGUCCCAAGCUCAGAAACAACAAAGCUUCUGUAUUGGCAUUGCCUAGAGACAAAGGGGCCAUCAUCCCCGUGAGCAGGUGCAUCUGGUGAUAUGGCCAAUGCUGCCCAUUCCCUGCUCCCAUGACUGUGAGCCCACAGUGGACCAGUGGGGUGCUGCCUGCCAGCCUCCCAUAGCAGCUGUGCUCCUGUUCAAGCCAGAUAUGGCUGGCCUGCCCUAUAUGCAAAUGACCAUGGCAGCUGCUGGGAGGAUGCCACACAGCCCUAGUGGGCAUAGGCCCAUUCAGACUGUUUCCCACAGAACUGCACAUGAGGUGGGCUGCCAGAGGUGUUACAAGUUAUCUGCUGUGACAGAGGCCUGUGUAGCUGGUGAAUUUGGAUGUUUCAGUGGGUGGUACUGAUGGCAGUAAGCUUCAUUGGGGUUUCUCCGGUCCCCAGUCCAUGCUGCCUCGUGGCAUGACUCCCACACUUUUCCAUCUUUCCCAUUCUGGCACUGCCAAUGUGGACAUGUAAUCUGGGAAUCCAGAGGAGUGGUCAUUCUUUAUGGGGCCACCAGUUGCGGGCUGAGAAGCACAAGAGGCACUUGCUCUGCAAUUGCUGCUGACCUCAGUUGAGGGGCAGGGAGGCGGAAGGGUGGUUUUGGCAGUGCAUCACCUGGUAGGUCCUGGUAGCUUUCCUGGUAGGUCCUGGCUCUGCAAUUGUUGAACCUAGAAUGGGGCUUGGGUAGGAGGGCUGACCCACAGAAUUUGUGGACUCUGCUCUCGCAAAUGGGAUUUCGUGCAAUGAGUCAUCUUCUUGUGCAAGGUGCUCUCCGUGUGCUCAUGUUUACCACUCUGCUUGCUCUAACUGGCAGACAUCAUCCUGUGCCAACACACACACACCCUUAUAGUAUUUGGCAGGUUCUUAGUGGAGUUUGUAAAAUUCAGGGGGGUCUGCCACUGAUUCCUGGAAUAGGGGCUUGCCUGACAAUUUGCGACUCUCCAUUGGCCAGGUUACUUCAAGACUUUGUGAAUAAACUGCACCAAUGGUGGGGGAGGGAUUUGCAACCUUCAUAUGGGGGCCUGUGGACUGCUUCUUCUUUUUGGCUGCAUAAGUUUAUGCCUUAGGGAAUGGUCGUUCCCAUGCCAAAGACAUCUGGAAGCUGACUAACAAUGGCUCUUCCCAUGUUCUGCCCCCUUUCAUGCUACCACAGGGGUUUGCACUGGAGCUGUGCCCCAUUGCCCCUGCAUUGCCACACCUAUGCUGCCCCCCCAGCACCAAUGUAAGUAGCAUUAGCACCAGGACUGUAGUUACGCCACCUCCAUAGCACUCCCCCUUCCUUUGCGAAUUGUGCUGUAUAUCAAGAGGGGAGAGAUACCAUUUCAUUAACCUUUCCAUAAACUAUGUGAAAAUAAACACAAGAGGCAGCCUGUAAAUGCUGCUAUGGUUUGUGUAGCUGUGGAAAUAUCACAUUCUAGCUUGCUAGUGAUGACUUGGAGAGCUGCCAGUGUGUGCAUAUAUUUAUUCCCAGCUCUGGCUUAAAUAUCGCUGCACCUAGAAAUCCAGCUAAAAAUUCAACUGUCAUGAAUUAUGCCAAUAUGUUACAGGAUGAGAGACACUGGUUCGCCACCCCUAGGUAAUAUUUUGUACUGUUAUUGUCCUGCUGCUUAGUAAUGGUAGCUAGCUAAACUAUGUCUAUUACAAAGGUUUUUUUAAGAGUGGGGGAAAGUGAUAUUUUUGUAUACCUGUGUACCUUGCAUGAGCUUAAUUUCUAAAGAGAAUGCCUGAACUGAAGCCUGUCUGGCUACCUUGCUUUGUUAUCUGCAUUUACAAUUCUACUUCUUAAUCAUAAAUGUGUUGUUGUCUAAGGUGUGGUUUGUGGAUAACAAAUCAUUCCUGCUAAAAGGCACAUGGCUAUAUUGUGAGCUUAUUAUAGGUGCAGAGCAUAGCUUCUAAAAUGGAGUACACGGGCCUUCCUCUUUUGUCGUCUGUAAUUCAUAGUUCAAUAGUUAAUUCAUAGUUAAUUCUGUAAUUCAGGGUCUUCUGUAAUUCAUAGUUCAACAACUAUUUUUGCUGCAAUUUUUUGAAAAUCUGACAGCAAGUGCCCUGAUAGGCAGGAUGUCUAGAUGCAAGAAGCUUUAUCUCAGGGUAAAUAUUUUAUUGCUUAUUGUACGAAAUGUGUUUUAUGUUUAUGACAUCGAUAAACUUGAUGUUGAGAUAUUUACCUAUGUUUUAUAUUUACUUAUUUAGAUAUAACACUUUUAUGCUACCUUGCCAUCCAAAUUGAUGUCCCCAACCAAGGCAGUGAACAAUGAAAAACAUUAAAACAAAGCACAUGGACCGAAACAAGAACCAUUGGGGCCAGGCCAGGGUAGGGUUGCUAGCUGCAGGUUGGGAAAUUCCUGAAGAUUUUGUAGUGUAGGUCAAGGAGGGCAGAGUUUGGAGAGGGGAAAGGCAUCAGCUGGAUAUAAUGUCUUAAGUGCCACCCUUCAAAGCAACCAUUUUCCUUGGGAGCACAGAUUCUGUAGUUCAGUUGUAAUUCUGAAAGAUCUUCAAGUCCCACCUGGAGGCUGACAACCAUAGGCCUGGCAGUAACUUCUGGGUGAUUUAACACCACCUCACUUCCAUAUCUCAACUAGAUCUGGCUGCUUACUACUAUUCAACAGCAGCAACCCUAUGAAAGCCAGUGUGAUGUAGCAGUUAGAGCUUCAGCAUAGGUCAGGAGAAAAUGCUACUGGAACAUGGCCAUACAGCCCGGAAACCCCACAACACUUCAGUAUCCUGUCUGGAAGACCCAGGUUCCAUCUUGCUGUGGAAUCUCACUGGGUAAUUUUGGACUAGUCAGAUGCUUUCAGCCUAACCUAUCUCACAGGGUUGUCGUGAGGAUAGAAAGGAGGAGAACAGAAUGGUGCUGCAGUAGUCUUGCUUGUAGUCUUGCUAGAAGCACUUGGUUGGCCACUAUGUGAACAGAUUGCUGGACUGACAACACAAUCCUAAGGGCUGGGGCAAAAGGCCUGUGGAAUCGGCAUGAUGCUGUCACCAGUGUAACUGCCAUUCUACCCAGCAUAAGUGGCAUCUAUGCCAACAACGGGGGCACUUACACUGGCACUUGGGAAGCAGCAUGACUACUUGUUGCCCAGGCAUGAAUGCUGCCACUGUGCUGGCAACUGGGGCUGAGUUCCUGGGAGUAGAGCCAAGUUUAGUCGGCUUCCUGAGGCUACUCAGCCCAAGAAUGCCCCCUUUGCCAGCAUAGGACACUUGCAACAUGAACUGUGAGUGUUGUGCCUUUUUUUUCUUGGUAUAUCCCUGUGGGUCUCUUUGGAGGCAGUGGGGCUGUGCGUGCCUUGGUCUGAUCCAGCAUAGUUUUUCAAAUGUUCUUACAUGGCUGUUUCCAGGCAGUACUCUCUCUCUCUGAAGUAGUAUAAGAAUGUAAACAUCAAGACUAGUGUCUCGAACUGAGCUUGGAAGCAAGUGUGGAAGGAACAAGACUGUAUGAGUCAUGACCCCUUCCAAUCAGCAUUCUAGAGCAAUUGUAGCUUUCAGAUACUCUUCCAGGGCAGCCCCAAGUAAAGCACAUUGCAGUAGUCUAAUCAAGAUGAUACCAGGCCAUGCACCAUAGUAACGAGGUCUUUUUUUUUGCCCAGGAAAGGCUGAAGCUGGUGAAAGGUGCUCUUAGCCCCACUGCCACCUACUUAUUGAACAGGAGGUCCAGGUUGAGCGGCACCUCCCAGCUACAAACCUGUUCCUUUAGGUGGAAUGCAACCCCAUUCCUAACAGGAGACCUUUCAAUUCCUGUGUCAAUCAUUCCACAUACAGGAGAGCUUCCAUUUUAUCAGAAUCAAGUUUGAGUUUAUUAGCUGUCAUCCAGCCCAACGCUGCCUUCAGGCUCUGGUUCAUGGUUUCCACAGCCUCUUUGGGGUCCAUUGGAAGACAGAGCUGAGCAUCAUCUGCAUACUGAUGCAGCAAUAUUUAUUUAUACCCCCUUUUUCCCCAAUGGGGGCUCCAAGUGGCUUUCCUCAGUUGUUCAUUUUGUCCUUACUACUACCCUAUCAGAUUGUGAGAGUGUGCAACUGGCCCAAGGGUACUUAGCGACUUCCAGGGCAGAUUGAGGAUUCAAAUCUGGGUCUCCCAGAUUUUAGCCUUGCCCUCUAACCACUAUACCAUUCUAGCUCUCUGCACCAUGCUGGUUUUCUAAAUAAUGUAUACAAAUGUAAAUCUGUGCUUAACUGAUUUUGCUUAGUUUGUCUCACUUUGUCGUUAUGCAGGAAUGUAAUCACCUCAGGCAGGAGUAGGUGGGACAUGUGGUAUUUUCUUACUCCACCACUAAUUUAUUGGCAUUUUGUCUUAUGGUGUAUCAUUGAUCCAUCUGUCCCAGAAUUGUUCACCAUGAUUGGCAGCAGGUCUUCAGGGUCUUAAACAGAGAAAAUACCUACUACCUGAUUUUUGUUUUUUAAAAACGAGGAGUUUCUAGGGAACUGAUCUGGAAGACAGUCUCCAUACAAAACAGGUGUUCUACCAACAAGUCAUCCUCAACGUUUUCUCCUAUUUUUCAUCAAAAGGUUAAUGAGAGAAAAUGUGAAUGAUGAACUUUCGGAAUUAAAUAAAUAAAUAAGCCCACCUGAAUCAUUUUUUUCAUUGAUAGAUGCUUCAGAUCAAAGUAAUUGGCCCUUAUGCUAAACAAAUUCUAAUUAGGACAGUCUUCAUGAUUCAUACACUUUAAAAUAUAUUGAGGGCAUGUCCUGUGUACAUUUUGUUAGUUCAGCUGGUUCUCAAACAUACAUUUUCCCCAUAUAUUGCUUUUAUCGCUGCAAUCUAGGGUCUACAAUGUAUCAGUAUUAGGCAAACUGUUCUCUAGUAGCCAACAGAAUUGAUUUACUUCCAGUUGAUGAAUAGAUGUAGUACAUCAGUGCUAAUGAAAUCUCGUUCAGAGGUGAAUCAGGUCUACUUCAAUGCAGUAUUUCCAUGUGCAUGCAAAAGCACAUGAAGCUUCUACUCAUGCAGAAUUUUAUCAGUUUCUAUGGCAGGGGCAGAUCCCUUUGUAUCAUGGAGCUGCUGUCAGGACACCCAGCAGUCGUAACUUGUAGUGAGGAGAUAGAAUCAUAGAGUUGGAAGAGACCACAAGGGCCAUCAAGUCCAACCCCCUGCCAUGCAGGAACACACAGUCAAAGCAUUCCUGACAUAUGAACAUCCAGCCACUGUUUAA